GACCUCCCGGAUGGUGUAAAAAGCGGAUAGUGGUUCACAUGUCAACAAAGGAUGACACGGUCACACUCUAGAUCCCCCAGAUGGAAACAGAGGUCUUUAUCACCAGCACCUAAAAAGUCUGAAUACUACAGGGAAAGAUACCCUCAUGGGUAUUAUGGCUAUGACUAUAGGUUGGAUCCGAACAGAUCCACCACUUGGAGAAUUCACAAGGAUGAACAGAGUAGACCAAGGCUUUCGCCUCGCGAAAGUACAUAUUACCGAUUUUAUGACCAUAGAUCACCUUCUCCAAACAUAAGAAGUUCUUUAGACGCAUACUAUUCUUAUUCUUAUAAACCUUACCAACUAUAUUCACCAGGAAGGGAGGACGAUAACAGACUUCAGUAUACACCCAGAUACGCAGAGGGUAUAUAUUACCAAGAGUAUCGGUGGGAUUGUCAUCCUCAGCAAGGGCGAGGAAGGCAUAUUGCUAAUGACCACAGAGGUAGAAGAGAUGGAAGAAGAAGGAAAUCACCUCGCAGGUCAAUAGAAGAUUCUUUUAGAUUUGAAGGAAGACGGCAUGAAGAUGAGCUGAGAUACCACAGGAUACGAGAUGAAAAAUAUUCUCACUAUUAUAGAAGAGGUUCUGAAGAUUUUGAGAAAAGGAGCUCUUUUCAGAAGAGGUAUACUGAGGAUCGUGAUUGGAGAAGAUACAAACACACAUCAAAAAGACGUACGAGCAUAGAGAGGUAUGAAACCAGAGAGCGUUCCAGAAACCCAGAGUGGAAGUCCAGGCGUUCUCUUUCACCUCACCAGAAGAAAAGUCGGCGGGACAAUAGAGCCCAAGCUCAUCGGCGUGCUCAGAAGAAACCCGCAGAGACCAGUUCAGCAACCAGUGACUCUCACCACAAACGUCGCAAGACCUCAGAUGCAGACCAGAACUUUUCUAAUGGAAAAACUCAGAAAUACUCUAAGGAGGAAGAUAGGAGAAACACUUCUCAAAGUGGCAAUAGAAAGUCCAGUUCUAAUGCUGGAAGAGGGAGAGAGACUGAAGGGGAGAAAGUCAAAGAACCUCUUAAAUCAUCUAAGAAAGACAGCACUCCCUCUACUCACUCAAAUAAAAAUGUUGGUUUGAGAGCCUCGAAUGGCAAACAGAAGAAACUAAGGAAAGAAGAAGAAGAGGAUGACGAAACAGAGAGCGACUCUUCCAGUUAUGAACCUGAUGAAAGUAAACCUUCUGAUGUGUCUUCACCUGCUAGUCCUAAAAAGAAAUCACUUAUAAUUAAAGUAGAUAAGAAGAAACCAGUAAAAACAUCCAGGGAUGCUUCUAGCAAUACAGAGAGACAGAUGUCAGAUGAUUUGUUUGCCGUUGGCAGUGAAAGUGAGGACUUGCAUCCAGUGUCUGAACAUCUUGACUCACCUCAAAAUACUGAAAACAAAAGUACAGAAGAAUUUGCUCAGGAAAUCAUAACUGUAAUCCAUCAAGCUAAAGAUGAUUUGCAAUUAUCUCACAUUACUCUACAUGAGCGUUUCUCAAAAAUACAAGAUCAACAAGCAGCAAGUGUAAAUGAAAUUAAAUUGACUUCAGAACCAGGAAUUCACAGGAGAAUAAAUAUGUCUUUGACCGAGCUUCAGGAUAGACACAUUAUGGUAUGUGAUUCAGAACAGACUCUGGUCAAAGUAAUAGAUCCAAAUGACCUACGACAUGACAUUGAAAGAAGGAGAAAAGAACGGUUACAGAAUGAAGAUGAGCACAUUUUUCACAUAGAUAGUGCUACAGAGAGGAAUGAUGAGUCUUUCAGUUUUUCAACUCAGGUUGGUGGACUCCAAAAUCCUAAAUGGGCUAUAAAAUCAAAUUCUAGAAAAUUUAUUCAGAGAACUUACAUGACCAGCUUUAGAGGUGGCAGAUUCCAGUCCCAGUCUAAAUCAGGCGUGGUCCAGAAGAGCUUGUACAUCCAGGCCAAAUAUCAGCGUUUACGUUUCGCUGGGUCAAAGGGAUUUAUCACUAAUAAAUUCAGAGAAAGAUUACUGAAGAAGAAAAAGAAGGUAACCCCAGCCAUGCUGGGUCUCACCAACAGCGCUCAGACUGUGCACGCAUUGUUCCAGGAACGCAUGCGGCAGCCGGCCGAGUCCUCAGCACUGAGAUGCUAG